AUGAUUGAUCUUUUACCUAUUAAUCAAGAAAAUAUAAUUAUUGGCCCAGUAGCUUCACUAUUUGCAUCAAUUAUUCUCAGAAAUUUAUCCGACAAGCUCGAUGUUAUCUUACCAACAAUUGGUGAAGAUAUUUGGGCAUCUUUUUGUCAAGGUUUAGUAAAGCUAAUUAGCAUUAAAAUAUUUAAUCGAGAAAACGAAAAUGAGACAAAUAAUACUAUUGACUUACUUUCAAAAAUGCCCGAAGGAAAACAACGAGAAGACACAGUAUUGAAAUUACUUAAUUUAUUCUGUCAUUUACGAUGCAAGUUGCCAAAAAACGAAGUAAUGCAGUUAUAUACAUUAGUUAAAUCUGAUGAUUUCUCAUUGAAAUAUCUCGAACUAGCUGUUUCACUUGACACCUACAUUGAUUAUCUUAGUUAUUUUCUCAAAAUUCAUGAAGAUAAUGCAAAUGAUUUUAAAGAUAAUAUAAAAGAUCAUCUUGAUGUACUCCUUGAAAAUAAUCAUCUUCCAAUUAAUUUAUCCGAUAUUGCAUGUAUUCUAACUUAUUUAAAACAACAAACAGACGACAAGUCAAUUCAAUUAAUUCAAUCUAUUUUCCAAACAAAUGAUACAUUACGAAAUAAGAUUGAGCCAUAUUUAAAUGGAAGAAAUUAUAAUAUUUCUGUGUAUGAAUUUUCUCUCAUUCGUGAUAUUUUCUUUCAUUCAUACCAUUCAUAUUUAUUACUCAAUAUUAAUCGUCAAACAUAUCUUUUUCGUACACUUUUUCGUCGAAAUGAUCGAGCAACCGAUUAUUUUCUCUGUUGGUUCGAAUAUUUUCUAUGUGAAACAGAUGACAACUGGAUUGAUUAUCAAGCAUUAACACGUCAAUGGACAGAAUGUUUUAUUAGUGAUCAAAAAAUCUUUUCCGAAAUCAUGGAAAAAGUCGAUUCACUCAUCGACCUUUGGAUAAAAGUUGCACCAAAUAAAGAUCAACGUUCAAACUUUUUUGUAACACAUAUGGUCACACAAUGUUUCAGACAAGCCCACAAUAGACAAAAUAAACUUGUGGAAAAUCUAAUUGCUCUUGCUGCAUCAAUGAUUGAAAUUGGAGAUCUCGAACUAAUAAAUGAUACUUUCAAUCAUCCAUCUCGAGAUACAUUUAUUUAUGCUAUUCUAUUCGGUGAAUCGUUCAGUUCAUUAUCAAUUCAUAAAACAAUUAUUAAUCGUUUGAAUCAACAAUGGAUAAAAUGGGAACAAAGAAACAUUCUUGCUAGUGAUGUACGAACAUGGGAAAAAUUUACUGGUGAACAAAAAGCUAUUGUUCAUAAAAUAUGGUCUUUAGUAGCUCAAGAAACAAAAAAAAAAGAUCAAUUGGAUACAGUUUUCGAUAUUUCUCAGAAAGCUUUGAAAACAAAAUUAGAAACAAAUGAUAAAGUAAUUACAUGUCUCAAUACUUAUUGUCAAGAGGCAAUCGAUAAAAAGAAAUAUGAUGAUCUUGUCAAAAAUUGGCAUGAACGUUUUGAAUAUGAAAAUAUUUAUUCAAUUGAUAUACCACCAGAUCUAUCUAAUAUUUUUCCACUUGCUGAACGACUUAAUCCUUAUGCAACAGCAAUUGCUUGGCAAGCUUAUCUCGAUCAACAAAUAAAAUCUGAUAAUAAAAAUCGAUCAAUAGGAAGACAAGAUCUUAGAGAACCAAUCGAACGACAAUUGAGCGAAGAAAUGGACGAUGAUACAUGGCUACAAGAAAAAACAUUGUCAUCAGAUGAAAUCUUAAGUACAACUGAGAAACUUGAAUGUUUAAACAUACUUCAACGAGCCGAUAAAAUUCUUCAAGAUUUUGAACAAAUAUUAACACGUAUAUGUAAACAAGGAGAUCAGAUUCCUAUUGAAAAUAUUCUUCACUUAUUUCCUGACAUUGGCCAAGCUGAAAAUGAUCUUACAUUGCUAACACCGUUGCUUAAAAAGGAAACUCUACCUCUACUUCAUUCUAUUAUUUCGUUUUGGAAAAAUCGUAAUCGUAUUCGAUAUAUCUGUAUGGGUAUAAUAAAUUUGAGUACGAAAAUUUCUUCUAAUAUUGAUUUAAAUUUUUUACGAAGUUUAUAUGCUAUCGAUGAACAAACAUUGAGUAAAAUAUGUUCUUCAACUUAUGAAAAAUAUCGAGAACAAAUCGAAAAGAAAUGUUCAAACAAUAUUCUUACAUUAUUCUUUUAUUAUGGUUCAUCAUGGGAUUUAUUUGAUUUUCUUGAUACAUUGACAGCUGAUGAUGUUUAUAAUUUACAAGAAGCUGUCAAUGAUUGGGAUGAAACAUUGGUAAAUACAAAAACAAUUUUUGAUUUUGCUACUUUGAAAAAUUUUCUUGAUCGUGCCUAUGCAACAAUGACAAAUAAACAAAAACAAUUGAAUGUUACCUCACUAUCAUUUGAACAUAUAGUCGAAUGUUUUGAUGAUACAUGGAAAAAUAAUCAAUUUGAUGGUCUUUCCAGAUGUCUUGAAUCAUCAGCAUUAUCAUUAGCAAGUAUUAAACAUAUUCAUUUAGAAUUAACUGAUAAAGAACAAUCAAAACGACGUCAAAUAGCUGAUAUUCUACAAAAAUCGAAAAUUAAUUUUGUUCGCAAUGGACAUCAUGAAAUAACAUUUGAUAUUGAUGUUAAACUUCCGAAUCAACAACAACAAACAACAAUAAAUGAUGAAGAAAAAGAACAAAAUAUUACAUUUGUUGAUUUAAGUGAACUUCGUGAUCGUGCACGUCUACUCGAAUAUUCUAGUAAUAUACAAAAAAGUGAUAAUAAAGAACGUGAUGUAGAUAAAUUACGUAAAUUUGUUGAAUUUGUUAGUGUUGUUGAAACAACUUUAGAAACUUUAACAAUCUUAUAUACGACUGGUCAUCCAUCAAUUUCAAAAUUUCUUAUACCCGAAAAACAAUUCUUAUGUACAGAUGGAAAUUAUGAUGAAUUAAUACAAAAUAAUAAAAUAUUAACUAAUUUACUUGUUGAUUGGGAAAAAAAAUUAUUUAUUAUGUAUGAAAUACAUGUUGAUUUAACAUAUUUUACAGGUGAUCAAUUUUGGCUUAUUGAAGAUUAUAUUUACAAUCCAUUAUCAUUAUCUCAUCCUGGUUAUCAUCUUCUUAGAUUUAUUGAUAUUGAUCCAAAAUUAAUUCAAAAACCAGAUAAAAAACUAGAGAUACCAGAAGAUCGUUUAGAAAAUCUUGGAACUUUACUUACGAAUUUACGACAAGGUAUUGAUUGUCAUAUAGAAAAUUUUAAAAAUGAAAAAAUUCUUCUUAUUGAAACAACAAAUGAAGGUAUUCUUCGUGCUAUUCUAUCUCUAUUUCGAAAAACAAAUAUUCAACCACAUAUUCGUCAUCUUUUCUAUUGUACAAUACGAACAAAUUGGAUACAAAUUCGUGGAUUUAUUUAUCGUUGUUUUUAUUCACAAACAUUUCAUCAACUUAUUCGACCUGAACUUCUUUCUCAAUCAAUUCAAGAUCAAUUUGUUUGUUUAUUACGUUCAUUAAUGAAAGAAAAACCUGAUCAAAAUUUUCGAAUUGGUAUUAUUACGACAACUAAUAUAAGAAAUCAACAACUUAUCAAUGGACUUCGAUCGAUGCGUAUUGUUGAUAUUCUACGUGAUCAAGAUUUAUUAAAUAAAACAGAUUUUCAAAAAUUAAUUCAAGAUAUGAAUAAAAAUUGUACACUUGUUACAUCGAGAAUAACUAGUCUAGGAAAAUCGACUAUUAUUCGUCAGGAAAUACAAAAAUUAAAUAAGACAUAUGUAAAAUUUCCAAUCUAUGGUGAUUUUGAUGUUGAUACAUUAGCUGAACGACUUCGUUCGAAAUAUUCUCAACUUCAAACAGGAGCUAUACAUGUUGAUAUUGGUACGACUGCUGAUAAUCAACAAUUGAAUGAAAUUCUUUAUUGUCUAUUACUUUUUCGAAACUUUCGUUUUGGACAAGUGGCUGUUUCAGUACCAGCCGAGACAAUUGUUUAUAUUGAACUUGAUGCAUCACCUGAUGCAACUCUCAAUGAAUUAUCAUUAUUCCAACAUAUAACUCCAUCGAAAGUUGUCGACAAAGUCGACUGGAUGACUCUUAAUAUAGGAAAUGACAAAAUUCAAGCAGUGUCAAAUUAUUUACAAGUUAUCGUUAGUAAAACAAUUACAAAACAAGAUGUCAAUCCAUCAAUGUUUAAAAAAUUGGAUGUAAAAACAUGUUCUGAUCUUAUUCAAGGUCCAUUUCUUCCAAAAAAAGAUGUUAAUUACAUAACAUGGACUCAACUAUCGAUUUUUGUUGCCGUAUUUCAUCGAUUAUUUACAGGCUUUUCAUCCUGUAUUUAUUUCAGUGCUGGAUCAGUUCCAGAGCCACGACUUCGUAUGGAUCUUGUUCAAGCACUUCUUCAAUCAUCAAAUCAAUUUACUUCACUUUCAGUUGAAGCUGUUCGUAAACAACAGCGAUCAGCUACCAGUGGUGAACCGAUAACAUUCAGUGAUGCCAUUGUUCGAUGGGAUACAAUUCAACCGUUUACAUUAGUUUUCACGGCAACUAAUGAUCCACUUUUCGUCUACAAGAAACCGACGGAUGUGCCUCAAGCACUUGUCAAAUAUUUCAAGUUGUACUAUGAUGCAUGUGGACAAAGUUCAGUUAUGCUAAGUAUCAUGUUUCCAGAUUAUAAUUAUCUUAGUCACAGUCAACUUUUUCUCAAAUUAGCUUCACUCUCAUAUAAAUAUUUUAACAAAUCAAUUUGCCCAAAAUGUUUUGGACAAUAUCAUAUUCAACAAGAAAAAUGUGACAAAUGUGCAAGCAAAGACGUUCUUAUUCGACCGAAAUCAUUCGACAAUAAAGAUAUCGAACAAUUCCAACUUGAUAUCGCGAAAAUACUUCAAGCUGAUUAUGUUCUCACACAAGAUAAUUUUAUUAAAAUGCUUCUUAUUUAUAUGCGAGUACAAAGUGGUAUUCCUGUUUUAAUCAUGGGUGAAACAGGAUGUGGAAAAACAUCAUUGAUUCAAUUUUUAUGUCAAAAAAUUCUGGAUGAAGAACUCGAAAUUUUUCGUAUUCAUGCUGGUGUUACAGCUGAUAUUAUUAUCAAUACCAUGAAAAUUUAUAUUCAAAAAGUUCAAACAUAUACUAAUCAUGAAAAACGUUUAUGGAUAUUUUUCGAUGAAUUUAAUACGACACCAAAUAUUGGUCUUCUUAAAGAAAUUAUAUGCGAACGAACAUUACUUGGUGAACCAUUACCAGAUAAAAUGGUUUUCUUAGGUGCUUGUAAUCCUCGACGACAAAAAACAACAAAAAUUCUUCAAAAUGAUAAUGUACAUGUUGGAUUACGAAAAAAUCGUUAUGAAAUGCAAAAACUUCUUUGUGCAGGAACAGAUCAACGUCUUUUAUAUACAGUUGUACCAAUUCCAGAAACUAUGCUUGAAUAUAUUUGGGAUUAUGGUUAUCUAAAUGAAUCAACUGAAUUAGCUUAUAUAAAAACAAUGUUAAAUAUAUGUAAAGAACUUUCGAAUGAUGGAAGUCUAUUUAAUCUUAUUGUUCGUCUUCUUGUACAAUCUCAAAAUCAUUUUCGUCAAAUUGAAGAUGCAAGUAGUGUAAGUCUACGAGAUAUAGCUCGUUUUUGUCGUCUUUAUAAUUGGUUUCUUGAUUCAUUGAUUCAACGAGAUGUAGCAAAAAAAUUUAAAGAUUCAUCUAGUAUGUUUCUUCGUCGAGCCAGUUUUAUUGCACUUAUGCUUUGCUAUUAUUUUCGUUUACGUUCUGCUGAAUUACAAAAGAUCUAUGUAGAGAAAAUGCAAUCGAUUAUUGCAGAAGUAUAUCCAAAUGUGGCUAAGAAACCUGAUUAUUUGACUAAACAUAUUCUUGAAGAUGAACAAAUUAAAUUGAUCGAUCAAAAAAUGGUAGUACCAUUGAAUACUGCUCGAAAUCGAGCACUUCGUGAUAAUAUUUUCGUUCUUCUAGCUUGUAUUGUCAAUCGUAUACCAUUGUUUUUAUGUGGUAAACCUGGAAGUAGUAAAUCAUCGGCUGUUCAAAUUGUUAUUAGCAAUCUUAAAGGAAAAAAAUCAAAAGAUCCAUACUUUCAAACACUACCAGAACUUGUAGCUGUUUCAUUUCAAGGUUCACAAAAUUGUACAUCGGAAAGUAUUAUAAAAGUUUUUGAACGUGCUGCUAAAUAUGGUGAAAUUCGAAAUGAUUCUGAAAUAUUACCUGUUAUUGUUUUUGAUGAAAUUGGUCUUGCUGAACUUUCACCACAUAAUCCACUCAAAGUUUUACAUGCUGAACUUGAAGUUGAUAAUAGUAAAUAUGGUUUUGUUGGUGUAUCUAAUUGGCGACUUGAUGCAUCAAAAAUGAAUCGUGCAUUAUAUUUAUCAACACCAGAUCCAGAUGUUAAAGAUUUACAAUUGACAGGUUUAACUAUUGUUCAAAGUAUGCAACAACAAAUUGAAAGACCAAUAGUUCAACUUGAAAAGUUUAUUAUUGAUAGUCUUUCUCAAACUUAUUAUAAUUUAUAUGAAUAUUUAAAAGAAAAACAACCAGACUAUGAAAAUUAUUUUGGCCUUCGAGAUUAUUAUUCUCUUAUAAAAGGUAUUGCUCGUGAUACAAUGAAUUUAAAUGAUAAAAGUAAAAUAUAUGAAAUUAUUCGUAAACAACUUAAAAUUAAUUUUGACGGUAUUUUUGAUGGUUCAACAUUUUUAUGGGAACAAUUUUGUGAUUAUAUUAAUAAACAAAAUCUUAUUGUUGAAUAUACAUCUCCUUCUUUUAAUUAUCUUCUUGAUCAAACUCUUCGUACUCGUUCAAGUCGAUAUCUAAUGCUUAUUGCUGAUAGUGAUGGUGUUAUUGAUUAUGUUGAACGUUAUAUUAAUGUUCAUCAACAAAAACAAAAAAUAUUUGUUCGUACUAUUGUUGGUAGUUCAUUUCCUGGUGAUCUACUUUCAGGAAAUACUUAUGCUGAAGAUUAUAAUUAUCGAGUUUUAAUGGAUAUUAUUCUUUAUGCUGAAACAAAUAUUACAUUAAUUAUGCGUCAAAUGGGUCAUCUUUAUGAUAAUCUUUAUGAUUUAUUUAAUCAAAAUUUUGCUAUAUCAGCAAGAAAAAAAUAUUGUCGUAUUGCAUUAGGUGCAUUAUAUCAUCCACGUUGUCUUGUUCAUGAUGAUUUUUAUUGUAUAGUUUUUAUUCAUAAACGUGAUUUAGAUCAAUGUGAUCCACCAUUUCUUAAUCGUUUUGAAAAACAUAUUAUUGAUAUUCAAGCAUUAGUACAUCCACGACAUUGGUCAUUAUCUCGACAAUUAUAUACAUGGAUUGAUAAUUUCUUACCGAAAAAUCUUGGUAAUCAUUUUCCUCUUUUACAACAUUUAUUUGUUGAUUAUAGUCAAGAUCAACUUUGUAAUCUUGUUAUUGAUGCUUUUGAACAAUUUAAUAUAUCAAUAGAUGAUGAAGAAAAAUCUGAAAAUAUUCCAGAUAUUAUUAAUUAUUGUCAAGAAAAAUUACUUCAUACUGGUUCAUUCGAUUUACCUUUAACUCUUUCAAUACAAUCAAAUUCUGAAUGUCAAAAUUUAAUUGAAAAAUAUUAUGACUUACGUCAAUCAUUUACAUUUAGCAAACUCAUUAAACAAUGUCUUGAAAACUCGACUACUUCUCUUCAAGUUAUUUACACAUAUACUCAAAUCUAUCAUACAAUAGAUCAUCUACCAAGUAAUGUCGAAGAAGUUAAAUUGAGUGCUUUUAGAACCGAACUUGAAUUGGUUAGAAAAGUAAAAUGUCAUUAUCAAGCAUUAACAAAUAUUCGUCUUCUCUUAAUUCGUGUGGACUAUCAUGGUGAACAUCAACAUAUUCUUUCACUAAAACAUGUUAUACAAAAUGAAUAUAUAUCAUCCAGUAAUCGAAGUGUUUGGAUUAUAUUUCAUUUACAACGUAAUCUUCUUAAUCAAAUAAACAAUGAUGUUUUAUUUAGUGGCUGGCUGAUAGAUAUGAUUGAUGAUCUCAAUGAUCGAGAACUUAUUCCAAAACAAAUACUAAAUAAUCCUUCAUAUCAAAAUCUUGUUCUUCAACCAGAAUUUUGUCUAUCUGAAUGUAUAUUCGAUGGAGAUAUUCAUCGAUGUCAAUCAAAUUUUCAUUUAUUUGAUAGUAUGUUUGAUGAGUUAGUUGAUCGAUGCUUAUCAAAAUUUCGUUAUAUCAAUUUUCAAACAAAAGACAAAGAACAUAUUAGUGAAAGACGUCAUGUGCUUCUUCAACAUAUUAUUGAACAUCGAAAUAAUUCAACAUUGAAAAAUCUUCAUCUUCGUUCAAUUAUAAUUGAAUAUUUAAUGAUAUUAAUUAAACAAUUUCCACCACCUGAUAAAACACGUUUUGUUGAUUGGAGACUUGAUAUUUUAACAAAUGGUGUUACAAUUGCAGGUUCACGUUCAUUUUAUCAUGCUUUUCAAGUAACAAUAUCAAUGUUUUACGAAGCCUAUCUUUCACUUCUUUUGACUCAUCUUGAAAAAUAUCAAUUUUUCGAUGCUUAUAUUUUCAUUGUAAAUAAUCAAGAUGAUAACAUGCAAAAUGAUUUGUCCAAACUAUGGAUAGAUUCAUUAAAAGCAUCAUUAGAAACUAUUGAUUUAACAAUAAUAAAUCUUGAUGUUAUCGAUAUUUCAUAUGCUUUUGGUCUUCAAUUACCUUGUGCAGCAAUUGAAUUUGAAAAUAUUCGAACUAUACGAAAAAAAUUUCAAGAAUUACAAGAAAAUAAUAAUGAAUCUUCAUCGGAUGAAUAUGAUUCACGUCUUGAGCAAAUGCAUACUUCAAAUAUUUAUAAUGAUAAAUUUUUACAACUUAUUUUCAAUGAUCAAAAAUGGUUUCAAUUGUAUUUUCAUGAUCAAAUAGCAAUGCAUUUAGCUGAUGCUAAAAUACAACUUUCGACUAAUUUUGUUUUUGAUUUAUUAACAAGUAAUCCAACACGAACAAUUAAACAAUAUAAACGUUUAUUUCUUAUUGAACAUAUUGAAUUAAAUGAAAUUCUUCGUUUAUUUGAAAUUAGUUUACAAUUAGUUAGUGAAGAAAAUAUUCGAAAUAUAAUUCGAGAACAAUGGAUUGAAAUACCACCUAGUAUAAUAAAAUCUUCUGAAUUUUAUACACUUGUCUUAGUCAAUAGUGAACAAUUCUAUCAACUACCACCAAAAACUACAACCCUUGAAGAACAAUCGAUAUUUGAAUAUCAAGGUGAUCCUAUGAUUGAAACAAGCCUAAUGAAUUUAAUUGAACUUAUUCUAUCAUCAUCUGUUAUUCAACACGCAAAAAAUAUUCAACAAAUAACGACAACAUAUAGUUUGAUUGCGAAAGGUAUUCGUGAUUUAAAUUCAUAUAAUGUUAAUAAUUUAGAGAAACUGCGUUCAUUUAUUAGUCUCAUUCGUUGUCUUACUACUUUACUUUCUCAUAAAGCUCUUGAUAUUCUUAAAGAUGUUUGUAUGGGUAGUUUCGAUGCUAAAUUCGAUUCAUGUUCGGGAAUUCAUUGUUUUAUUACCCAAUUACAACAACGUAUCAAAGCAGAAAAAUCAACUGCCGAUGAAAAUACCAUUCAUCGAGCAUUAGUUAAACUUGAACUUGAUUUUUUAAAAGAUUGGUUAGCUGAUAAUGGUGAUUCAUAUGGUGAAAUUUUAACACUUAUGAAUGAUGAAAAUAAUGAUCUUUGGUUUUAUUCAGCAAAAAUUUUUACAAUUAUUGAUAAUAAACUUGAUUUAACGUCAACAUUGAAAGAAAAUCAUGGGAAUCUUCCAUCAAAUGAUGAAUACAAACAUUUGAAUCAAUCUCUCGAAAUACCAAAUAUUUCUACACGUAAAAUUGAACGAUUGAUGGUCAAUCGACUUCAUAUGCAUUUGAUGUUAAGCGUCCAAGGAAACGAAAUCGGUCAGCAACUUACCGAUGAGUACCCAUAUUUUAUUGAAAAUUUUCGUGAAAUUCAAAGUGGUAAUAAACUAGAUGUUGGUCAAAUGAUUUCAUUACUUGCAUGGUUAAAAUAUUAUGCUCAAAUGUAUGCAUUUGCUUUGAAUAAUGACAGUCGAGAUGAUGUUUUAUCUGAACUUGAUCGAUUUCUGACUAAUGGAGAUACACCAUUUUGUUCGACAAUUAAACUUUUUAUUAUUAAACAAAUUCUACAAAUGUCUAAACUUACUCUAAAAGAUUUACGUGAAAUCUAUGUUAAUCGCAAUCUUCUUUGGAUAAGACCUUUUUUUCAACGUUUACGUGAUCAACAAGCAACAAAUGUUCGUCAAACUCUUAUUCUUCCUCUGCCUCUUUUUGAAUGUCGAGAAGAGUUCGAACGAGUUAGAAAAAUAUUCAAUAGCACAGAUAGAAAUAAUCAAUUACAAAAGGUAAUUCAAGAAUGUAAUCAUACACAAAAAUUAUCCUAUGCUUUUCUAUGUUGGUUCAUUGAAUAUUAUUCUCGUUUUACUCAAUCAAAUACGGAGAUAGAUGUUGACUUUAUUCGCAUUAUUCAACAUGAUUUCAGGCAAGAUUUAAUCAAAUCAUUCACACCAUUGGGCUACCAAUUUCUCAUUGAUCUAUGUUCAAAUUUUUCGGACAAAUCUUAUUUUCAACUUCAUUAUACAAUGAUACCAGAUGAUAUUCAUAAACGUUUACUUGCUUUAAAUAUCGUCGCUGUUUUUAUUUCUUUUAAAGCUCAAUCAGCAAUUACACUUCUCGGUAACAUUCUCUUCAAUAAUCAACGACAAAUGCCAAUCAAUUAUGUUCAACACCUCUCUACUAUCUGUUUGCCGGGUUUAGCAAUCAACAAUAUGAUUAUCAGUCAAAUGUUGUAUGUUCGAACUCGAGUUCAAGAGCGUCUCGAUCAAGGUGCAUAUUUUGUUGACUAUGGAAAAUUUAUUUAUCAAUGCUCAGAAGAAUGUCCAUGGAUGUUCUUUUUCGAAGAAUGUGGUGCUCCAGUCGGUAAAAGUAUAUGUUCUUUAUGUCAGAAAGAGAUUGGUGCUCAGACAUAUAAUGUUCUUAUUGAACGUAAUCCUCCUCAACUUCGAAUACCAAUUCUAGAAGCUUUUGAAAAAAUUGAUAAAUAUAUUAAACAAGAAAAUCAAAAAAUUCGUUUCGGAUAUUAUUAUGUUAAAAAUACAAAUGAAAGUACUCUCGGUGAUAAACCUGAUCAUUUAAAUCGACCAGUUUCAUUUCGUUUUAUUCAUUUUCUUAUUCAUAAUUAUGAUCUUCUUUGUCAAACUUCAAUCGAUCCUCAACAAUGUUAUAUAUGGCUUUAUAAACUUCUUAAUCAUCUUAUUGAUGAUGAAUUUAAUAAAAAAGGUCUAUUAAAUACAAAUGAAAAUAUUAUACAAAUUGAACAACUUAUCGAACAAAAACUUAUUUUUAAACAUAUAAAUUCAAUUGAUAAUGAAAUAAUUGAAUAUAAAAAAGCUUAUGCUGAAUAUAUUCAAAAACAACAAACAUUAGAAAGUUUUAUUGAUGAACUUUUUGAAAAUGAAGAACAUUAUCCAUUAUUAAAUUUUUUUAAUAUUACUACAUUUCAUACAUUAAAUCCAUUGGAUGAAUUUAUUUUAAAAAUGCAAACUUUACCUUUUGCUGAAAAAAAUUAUCCAGUUAGUACAUAUCUUCUUAAACGUUUAGAUGAUUAUACAAAUAUUCAAUAUUUAUAUUCAAUUAUUGCUUUUAGUAAUUAUUUAAUUGAAAAAUUUAAUCAUCGAAUAAAACGAAUUGAUGCUAUUCAAAGAAAAUUAAUUCAUUAUUUAACACAAGAUAAUGAUCGAGAUAUAACUAGAAAAUUUUUUGAUGAUUUUCUUGAUGCUUGGUAUGCAUUGACUUUUAAAGAAAUUCGUUAUGGAUGUCAAACAUUAAAAUUUGAACAUAUUGUUUCUAAAGAAAAAUUUGCUGAGAAUACAAGUAUUGCAAUGUUAUUAUUAACAUCAUCAAGAGAUGAUAGUAUGCUUUUACCAGCAUGUUUAAAAACAAUAGCCGAAUUACAAAAUGAAAUUGUCAAUUAUUUUCAUAAUACUAUUGAAACAACAACAAAUUCUAAACGAAAAUGUGUACCAUUACAAUCAAUUCGACCUGAACAUAUUUUUUCUCUUAAUCGAAAUUAUUUAAGUCAAAAAUUGAUUAAUGAUAGUCUUGUUCUCAAUUAUCAAUAUGGAAAAAGUAAAGAUAUUAUUUAUGAUUAUGAAGAAAUCGAAAUUACACUUCGAAAUAUGAUUAGUAAACUAGUUUUAAUUGAUACAGAAAAAGUAAAUUUUUUAACAUAUCAAUUUGAAUUGUAUGGUGAAAAUACAUCAUUAAUUAAUGAAGUACGUGCUCGCGUCAAACCACAACAACAAUUGACGAAUGAUGAUCGAACAAAAUUGAAAAAUUUGAUCACUAACAUGAGUCCUGAUGAUAUUCUUCAUUUUCUUGGCUCACUUGAUAAUAUUUUUACUUACAUACGAACAAUUGCUGAGGAAAAAUUAAGAGAAGAUAUGACAAUUCAAGUAUUUAUUGAACGAUUUAUUCGUUCGAAAUCUCGUCUAAAUGAUAAUGUUCUUCGUUGGCCACAAUUUUCUGCAAUUCAAUUACAAUAUAUAAUUGAUUUCUAUGAAAUGUUUGAAGAAAUUGCAUUUGAUAAAGUUUUACGUACGUAUAUGAAGAAAGAACUUGUUGAAGAUACAUUUACUGAUGAAGAACGAAAACGAGUUCUUGAUGUAUUCUCUCGUGCAACAUUUGAAAAUGCAAAAAUAGCUGAAACACUCAAAUCAAUUAAUGCUUGGAUUUCAAUGCUUAAAAGAUUGAUUGUACGUGUAUUGAAUGCAAAUAUAAGUCUUGAUGUACCAUUACAACUUUACCUUGAACGAACAGAUUUAUGGAGUGAUCGUGUUAGUUACAAUGAUCUUACAACAUUUGAAGUCGAUGAUGAUAUUUUAUUGCAACAUACUUAUGUGGUUUUAACUGGUUUAGAAAAUAAACAAAAAGCAGCCAAUCGAUCACAGCAACAACAGACCAAACCAGCAAUUCAAAGUGUUGGAGGACAACGACAAAAAGCGGAUACAUGGUAUAAUCAAACGACAAAGGCAACGCCUAGUACUAAAGAUAUUAGUAGUAAAAAGUCAUCUGGAAAAAAGAUUCGCUCAUAA